UGAGAAGAGGCACAACCUGUUGUAGCUUAUAAAAAAGGAAAGCUCUUUGGUAAGAAUGGAAAGUCCUGAGAGCCACUAGGCGAGUCUGCUCCCCAGGAGGCGAUAGCAUCCCAAGUCCACUAGGAUUUUAGCUUCAACCACCGGACUGUCUUUCGUCCAGACUGGACCAGGAAGUCACAUCAAAGGGCCGAGCAAGACCCUGGACAAAGCAGCUGGGUGAACCAAGUUACAAAGAAGCCAAGGAAAGCUGCAGAAUGGCGAGAAAAGGCAGAGACGCAUAGGAGGGAUAAGACGGGAGGAGGGAGGCGGGGAGGGAGGGGAGAGAGCAGAAAGCCGAGCACGGACGUCAGGAACAAAAGCUCCGGCGGAGUCUGGCGGAGGCACUAGGGGAGCACGGGGUGUUUUGAAUAAUUAUUAAAAUUAGCAUGUGUCUGCGCCAUCCUGUGGGUGUGGCGCAGAGCGGAGUGUAAACUCUAGCGGGGCCGGAGCAAACACUGGAUUAGCGGCAGCAGCCUGCCAGCCUGCCCGGGAGUGUGGGGACCAGCGCGCGGCACGCCGACCGGCACGAUGGCCUCGUCUCAGGGGAAGAGCGAGCUGAAAUUCGCCGACUGGAUGGCAACUCUGCCGGACAGCAUCCACAGCAUCCCCCUCACCAAUUUAGCCAUCCCAGGAUCUCAUGAUUCCUUCAGCUUCUACAUUGAUGAAGCCUCUCCAGUAGGGCCUGAACAGCCAGAAACCGUCCAGAAUUUUGUCUCUGUGUUUGGAACCGUAGCCAAAAAGCUGAUGCGGAAAUGGUUAGCCACUCAAACAAUGAACUUUACUGGUCAGCUAGGAGCUGGGAUCCGUUAUUUUGAUCUUCGAAUUUCCACCAAGCCCAGGGACCCCGACAAUGAACUCUACUUUGCUCAUGGUUUGUUCAGUGCCAAAGUCAAUGAAGGCCUUGAGGAGAUUAAUGCAUUCCUCACAGAUCACCAUAAGGAGGUAGUAUUCUUGGACUUCAACCAUUUUUAUGGGAUGCAGAAAUAUCACCAUGAAAAACUGGUCCAAAUGCUGAAAGACAUCUAUGGAAACAAGAUGUGCCCAGCGAUUUUUGCCCAGGAAGUUAGUCUAAAGUACCUGUGGGAGAAAGACUAUCAAGUGCUGGUCUUCUACCAUAGUCCAGUGGCUCUGGAAGUGCCCUUUCUCUGGCCUGGGCAGAUGAUGCCAGCACCCUGGGCCAACACCACAGACCCGGAAAAACUGAUCCAGUUUCUUCAGGCAUCCAUCACGGAGAGAAGAAAGAAGGGCUCGUUUUUUAUAUCUCAGGUGGUACUGACCCCCAAAGCUAGCACUGUGGUCAAAGGAGUGGCCAGUGGCCUCAGAGAAACGAUCACAGAAAGAGCUCUUCCUGCCAUGAUGCAGUGGGUCCGCACACAGAAGCCAGGAGAGAGUGGCAUCAAUAUUGUCACUGCUGAUUUUGUAGAACUUGGGGAUUUCAUCAGCACUGUCAUAAAGCUCAACUAUGUCUUUGAUGAGGGAGAAGCCAACACUUGAUAGUACCAUUUGGAGCAUCCACGAGUAAGAUAGAGAAGACUCAUUGUACUAGGCAUAUUAUCUAUAAACACUCUGAUCUUCCUAUUCCACUGAGUCUCUGAGGGGAUUAGGCUGGUAGUGGGUGGGAAAAGGGGGAAUCCAUUUCUUCAGUGAUGAUUAUCAUACUCUGCAUUACUAUAAAUACUUCAUUUCCCAUUUGAUGAGCAAAAUCUGCUACUAGUGUUAGGGAUAAAAAAAGACCAGUGAAUUUUGUUUUUCAGAAUUAGUCUUUGUAACGUAUAACUCAUGAGUGUUUACUUGAUUGCGUUUCCGAUUUCAGCCUAGGGCUCCUACACUGUUUCCACUAACUGAACCUUUCCGCUCCCUCUUUCGCUCGCUCUUUUUAAUCAGCUGCCAUAUGGGACUCAAAACAAUUGAAUGCCCAACGUAAUGUGUAUUACAUCGUUGUACUGAAAUUUGUUUUUGUGAAGACUUGGUAUAAUAUAAUAUUCUAUAGUCGUCUGCAAUUGGUCGAUCAUUGCUAACUUUUGGUCAUAGAAAAUAUGCAUCAAAUCAGUUUCCCUGCAUCAGUAAUAUUGGAGGCCAUAAUCAGUAAUUUUUGUGUUAUAUGAAUAUAACAGUGUUUCACAGUGUUUCUAUUUAAGGCAGCUAUAAAUAUAGAGUAAAAACUUUUUUGAAAGAAUGAUUAGUGCCAACCCUAUAGUGAAAAAUGGAGGAGGGAGAAGAGACGGAUGCCAUUUUAAUUCAGGAAUCUCUUAAGUAAUAUUGCCCUGCAAAUCCUCAGUAAGUAAAAAAUUAUGACAGACGUGUUAAAAUCAGGAAGCUCUGAAAAGAACUCUUACAAAAUCUCCCCUAUUAAUUCUCUUGAUUAAAAAAAAAGGAAGGAAAAUGAAGAAGAAAGAAAUGAAACAUUGUGCAAGCUUUCCUACCAAAUUGGCAUCUCUGAACAUGUAAUUCUAAAUCUCAAAUUUUGAGGAACGGAUUUCGAGCAGCUUCAGUUCAGAUUUUUACUCGAAGUUGAGGAAAGUCGAGAAAAGAGGAAGGGUUGCAGAAAGAAUUAAAAGUUUUUGAAACCAUGUAUAGUGUAAAAUCUUAAAGAUCCAUGAAAUGUUUUUAGGAGAUGCUUAAAUACAUGGGGUGUGGGCAGACACACUGAAAAUUAACACUGACUCAUCACUUCUGGGUUCUAUCCUACCCCAGAAUCGAGCCUGGGGCAGAGGCAAAAGUUUCACAGAACCUUUCUGUGUCUCAACAUUUGAUAUAGUCCACAUCUACAGAGAAGGAAAAUGAUAACUCCGCUUUGAGCCUUGCUCCCUCCUUGGUGUCUUUGUGAUAUUUGACAACUCUAAAAUAUUCCAAAAGAGCACAAUAACCCUUACCUGCGUGCCUCACAGGAAUACUGUGAGGCAUUUCUAAAAAUCUAUAAAUUGCUGAAAUUCUUAUAAUUAUGAAUUGUUUUAACUUCGUGUUUAGAAAUAAUUGCACCUCAAGAGUUUCCCGGGGAAAUGCGUUCCACGCAAAGUAGGGCCAUAGGAAAAUAGAAAAAUAAAAGCAUGUCUGCAGUUUUUAGUUAAUUUAAACAUAGGACAUACGGUUUGAUCUCUUACACCUAGGUAAGGGGGUUGAUCCCAAGAUUGUGUCAAGAUUUUGAGUAAUUAAGAGCUAGUUAUAAGGUUAUAAAUACUCACUGUCAGAAAAUAGUAUUUUUUAGCAGCUGCAGGGAGGAAAGAGAAAAUUUUCACCCUGAAGAGAAUGUUUAUGAAGAAUGUGCAGUUGUGCUUGGGAGAGCUGCAGCAGCAUGCAGACGUUCAACGCUUCCACAUUCCAGUUGUGUGUCUGUCGUGCCACCCCCCCCCCCCCCCCCGUAUGCCGACACGUACCCACUCCUGCUGGCAGACAGAUACAAAUGCACACAGACACACGCAGACACGGGUAUAAUCACAGUUCUCCUUUUCCAGGGAAAAUAUUGGUAAUAUUUAAUCACUUAAUUUUGAGACUGAAACCCUUAGCAAGGCAUGAAAAGAGUGGUUAAGACCUUUGAAAGUAGAGUAGCUGAUUAUCUUCAAAUAUGUUUGUAAAAAUAUUCUGGCUUGGGACUUAAUUAUUCACAAAUAUAGUUUUCUUUCCACCUUCCCUCCUCUUGCAGUUUAUUGUCUUUUUAUCUCUUUCACCUGCUCUUAAUGUGCAGUUGAAUAUGAAUCCUUUUUAAAGGACUAUGGAUUAUUGAAAUUUACAUCCUGUCAAUUUGCUUUGUGAGCAGAUCUUCUCUCUGACAAUUCAUUAUUCAUCCCUUGGGAGGAUCUUUAGCCAAGCACACUUGCAAUGACACAAGGAUUUAACUUAUAAAUAUGACAGAAAACGAAUCUUUCAACAUAUUAAUGAGGAAUGAAUAAAAUAUAGGGGUAACUAUGUUGUAUUUUCUUGAACUUAGAUGCUUUCUUAUAAUGUUUGCUUAGAAUUAGCUUUACCAUAUUUGUCAUUUGGGUGCUGGAAAAAACAAACAUGCUGAAGCAUUAGACUAAUUGUGCAGGUUUUUUUUUUUUUUUACUGGAGAAAGCUUUUUAUUGCUAUUAAUGAUAUGCAUGCAGAAACCUUGUUGGACAAAAGGUACUUUCAAGUCAAUGUUAUGGUUUCCAUGUGGACAUACAGUCCCCACGUAGCAGGCACCAAGAAUAAACGGACUUGCCUUCAUUUCUAAAGGCGGGAGCAGGUAGAAGUGGACCAUGGGUCCUCCAGCUAGAGGGAGAGUCACCAGGAGGGAGUCCUUGGAAAGGGGAACAGAGACAAGGUGCCUUUGGCUGUCUUCUGCCUACUGGCUCUGCCCUGAGGCGGAUGUAGGGAGCAGGCUGUGGGCCUUAAAUAGAGUGGGGGUGAGGACUAGUAUUAUGCAAUCAGAGCUUACCCUCAGCCUCUGCUCCUUUGUCUUCGCAGGGCAUUGUCUUUCCAGAGAGCCAGGAGCACAAGGGCUACAAAUAGGCCCCAGGAUGUAGGCGAUGUAUCUUGGUGCACUUUUUGUUUGGCUUUUUCUUAAAACUUUAUGUCACAAGUCCUACAAGGCAAAAACAGAAACAAAAUCCAACCACUACCCAAUCUGCAGCAGGAAAUCAAAGGAGUGGGUGGGAUGAGGGAAGAUAUGCAAAGAAUAUCUUUUUUUUUCGUUUGCUUUCCUCUCUGUAAUUUUGAAGGACCGAAACGGCGAAUACUUUGCCAUUAUCGUUUAUGUCUCCCUUAUUACCACACAUUCAUACGAGUGCAGAGAAUGAGGAGGCAUCUUUGAAAAGCCUUAGGAUAUUUUGUAUGAUGACCUCAAUAUUCACUUUCAGCCAUACUGGGAAAACUCACUUUUCAUAGAGCACCACCCAGCAGUGAAUGUACUAGAGCAUUAAGUGUUUGGCAUGUAUGUGCCUGUGUGUGUACACGCAUAGAAACACACACACACACAUACACACACACGGGAUGCACAUCUCACACGCAUUAUUCAAGUUACAACUGCACUCUCUAAUCACCCAACUUGAUUCUAUUGCCAUUUUAACUCUUAAAGUCAGUAUUUCCUUAUGUUAAUGGGCAUAAACAUAACUCAGAUAUUUACAUAUUCAAGAGGAGAAAAAAAUCACUAGAAAACCAGUGAAAAAUGAGACCAUCAUAAAUAAGAAAUGACGAGCGGUGAUAGUCUAAAUACAUUGUCAAUUACGCUUCAAGCUGGAGAAUUGAAGAUGGACUUGAAUCAAAGUUACAAACAAACAUCUUGACUUAAAGCUGUUUUCAGUUCUUUGAGGUCCUAACGUGUUUUAGCCAGAGUUACCUUUUCAGGUUCUCCCCUGUUAGCAUUCCAGACUGGAAAGUUGGAGGUCUCAGGAAAUGCAUGUUCUCGUGAGUUUCCAGUUCUAUAGUUCUACAGAUGCGAUGAUGCAACCUCCUAACCUUUGGUUGCUCAUCCAGAUGAGAGCUUCAUAGGUAGAGUGCUUGACUUUUGAAUCACUAACAGAAAAUAAUGCACAGUGUCCCUCAGGAUAUGCUAAACAAGGUUUUUAAAAGUAUUUUAUUUGACAGCAUUUUAGUCUUUUCGACUAGAUUACAGUGACACAAUGGUGUAGAGGCUAUAUUUGCCAUAACUUAUUGGUGGCUCCUGUGUUAUAUACAGUUUUAAAUAAUGCUCUAAAUCGUUUGUUUUCCCAAUGACAUCAAUAAAAAGUUCUGUAGAAUUUGUAAAAUGUAUUGAUUGAGUCUGUUAAAAAUUGUGCAGUUUUUAUUUCAUUUGUGGUACGAUUUUAUAGGUAUUAGUUCUAAAUGUAUAUUUGUAUGAGUCAAAAGUAUGUGCUUGUACGUGGUUUGUGUGUUAAUAUAUUGUAUCUUAUCAAAAAUCAAACUUAUCCUAAAGAAAAAGGGCACAUUAUGACCAGCCUUAACUCAUUGCCAUUUUUUGUUGUAAUUUGGGAUAAAAAUUUGAAGAGAAAUUGUGUUUUUGUCUAAAAUGGCCUUUGUAAAAAAAUCAUGUAAGGAAUGUGCUUUAGAAAUUAUCUGAGCUCCCCCAAGCAAAUAGUUCAGCUUAUGGAGUACCGGAAACCUCUCAAAAGUUUCAAAUGUCAAUGUAUUUAUUCACUUCAUUAUCAUGCAAAAAAGUUAGAUUCACAUUUGUUUCCAUCAGCAACAGAACCAGUGCACUUCAGAAGUUGUUCUUCCAAACACGGAACCAUUCCGCUUAUGAGGAUAAGUCUUCCGUGAAAGAUGAUUUCUUCAGACAUUUGCUUUUUAAACAUUGGAAUUCUCAGUCAAGAUGAACUGCUGAGGCUCUGUGAGAGUCACUAGAGACCCAUCAACAUUGGGUGGUUCCAACACGGUUCCCUUCUCAAAACACAGGUGUACGACAUCCUUUUACACCUUUGUUAUCUGCCUGCGUGUAGACCAGCAAUAGAAAAUGCAGGACUAAUUCAAGGAUCUGCGUGAGUUGUCAUGCUCAGAGCAAAAACUUUGUAAUCUUCCUUGAGCCUGGUAUCUGGGUGUGGAAUAUUAAUCAGUCUUAUUGCCUCUCUUUCUCCAUCCUCAGUUAUUUCUUUUCCAUAUUUAGUCUUGCCAGAUGAAACACAGGACACGCAGUGAAAUUCACAUUUCAGAUAAACAGUAUUUUUUAGUAUGAGAAUUUCCAAAACAUUUCAUGAGACAUACCAAAAACUUUUCAUUGUUUAUCUGAAGUUCAAAUUUAAUGGGAUGUGUCCUUUUUUCUUCUUUUUUUUCUCCUAAUCUGGCAACCCUAUCCAUCCUGCCUCUCUCUUUUUCAAUUGGGCUACCUAUAAAGGAUGAGAUCCAACCUCCCUCCGAACCCCUAUGUUAAGAUAUCUUAUGGAAAUCUAUAGUCCUAAUACCCUUCCUGAAGGAAAAUAUUGGUCCAUGCCAAGUUCCAUGAAUGCUUUACAAAGGACCAACUCAAAUAUAGGUGGCAUAAUCAAGUAGCUCUGUAAGAUUAAUGCCACCACAUUCAAAAUUUCCCUUCACCAUCCUGUUUCGAGAUCUAAACUCUCCCCCACUAAUCCCUUAAGUAAUAUUCCCCAGUAACUAGGACAUCCAAAAACACGCCACACCUUAAAAAUGCCCCUUGAGGGGUACCUGGAUGGCUCAGUUGGUUAAGUGUCCCACUUCAGCCCAGGUCAUGAUCUCAUGGUUUGUGGUUUCAGCUGUGCUGACAGCUCAGAGCCUGGAGCCUGCUUUAGAUCCUAUGUCUCCCUCUCCCUCUGCCCAUCCCCCACUCAAGCUCUGUGUCUCUCACAUGUAAAAAUUAAUUAAUUAAUUAAUUAAAUUCUUAAAAAUGCCCCCUGGAAAGUGGUAGCACCUUCCAACUCAAUACCAGGACCUCUUUUAAAAUUCAGUUUCUUUUUCUUCAGAGAGGUAACGAACUAAUCCAUUACUCCCCUCAUUACCACCCUCCCACAAAUUAUUUUUAUCAGUUUAGAGCUAAUCAUCUAUGAAAUUAUAGAAAAUCUGACAUAGAAAGAACUCUUUUGAUUGCUAAAAAGAGAGCGAGAAAAAAAGUCUGGGAUAUAGACACAGUCUCCUCAGGAGACUGGGUUGGGAUUGGGCAGGUGAUAGAAUAUGGACCUUGACAAUGAACCAGUACCCCACAGGGAGACUUGCCAAAGCAAAUUAUAACAACCAGUAGUUUUUUUGGAGGAAAUGAGAACUCAAGACAUCCCAGAGUAAGAAUAAUGAAAUCUAAGGCCAGUUUCUAGAACAGUUUGCAGAGAAUAGAACUAUGUUGGAAUUCCUAAAAUAGAAUUUUCAAAUACUCUUGUAUCCCACAGUGAAUCCGUGACACGAUCUAAACGUGGUUGGUGUUUGGGAACAGUUUUGGUACCUACCUCCUCUCUUAACAUUCCUAUGAAUGACAAGAAAAUCCAAAUUUCUUAAUGUAACAUUUCCAUCUCAUGGUCCCUGCUUGUACACAUUUGCAUUGAUUUGCUUCAUUUCUAAAGGAUGAGAAUUUGCAGAGCUGGUGACAUUUCCUUCACUAGACACCAGAAAUUCACCAGAGGGAGACAGAUCUGUGCCUUCUCUUUUUAGGAUCUGGUCAUUGAUACUUUAAUAAAUGUGGUAUAAAGAAAAUACAUACCUACCACUGUUCUGUUUAGCAAAUGUG